AUGGCGAAGAUAGUGGACAUUCAGACCAAAUGUGCUUACCAAAAGAAGAGGGUCCUGCUGGGAGAAACCAGCAAGGAGAAGCUUCCAAGAUACUACAAGAACAUCGGUCUGGGCUUCAAGACUCCCAAAGAGGCCAUCGAGGGAACUUACAUCGACAAGAAAUGCCCCUUCACCGGUAAUGUGUCCAUUCGAGGACGGAUCCUGUCUGGUGUGGUGACCAAGAUGAAGAUGCAGAGAACCACUGUCAUCCACCGGGAUGACCUCCACUACAUCUGCAAGUAUAAUUGCUUCAAGAAGCGCCACAAGAAUAUGUCUGUGUACCUCUCCCUCUGCUUCAGGGACAUCCAGAUUAGCGACAUCUUCACGGUGGAUGAGUGCCGGCCCCUGAGCAAGACCGUGUGCUUCAAUGUGCUCAAGGUCACCAAGGCCGCCGCCACCAAGAAGCAGUUCCAGAAGUUCUGAGCCUGGACAUCUGCCU